AUGGGGAAAGGGAGUACUAGCAGAACAGAAACGAUACAGCAAAAAUAUACUUUAGAAAAAAAAGAUGAUGAUGUUGUUCUUCCUACGGAGUUGAUGCACCGCAUACAAUCGUUAUUAUCGGCGAAAGAAGCUGGCCGCACGUGUGUCUUGUCCAAGUCAUGGCUACACGCCUGGUCUACCAUCCCAAGCCUCAGGUUUCCUGAUGAUCAUCCUGUAACCACUGACGUAAUCUACAAUACUAUCCAAAGGCGGGGCACAAAACAAGAAGGUGUCUUAAGGAGCUUUCCUAUAGUAUAUGGUGAUUAUAGUAGAUAUUCCACGUUCACAUUCUCAUCAGAAUCAGAUAAUUUAUUAUUCUCUUGCAAGAAGUUGCAAACAAUUAAGUUGAAAGCAACCGGCGGUCUCUCCCAGAUCAAUCUCGGUGUCAAUCUUGUGAUCAAAUGUGUAUCCUUGCGUGUUCUCGAGUUAACAAAGGUGAAUAUAAGUGAAGACAUAUUUAACAACCUAUUGUCUACUUGUAGCUUGCUUGAGAAGCUUAUCCUUUGUUUCUCCGAUGAUGGGUUGAAGAAAAUCAAGGUUAAAAAUCUUGGUUGUCUUCGCCAACUUGAAAUAACUUCAUCCCGUGAAGAGGAAGAUGGUCUUUUGGAUAUCGAUAAUGUCCCAAGUCUUGGCUUCUUAUAUUACAAACGGGGCUGUAUUCAUCGUUUACCAUUUACUCUUACAGACGCCACGGCGUCUUCAUUAGGAAGAAGCUUGACUCAGCUACAUUUAGAAACGGUCAUUGACAAAGCUUUUUUUGAUAUGAUCAGUUCCAUGUUUCCUUUUCUUGAAAGCUUGGAACUUCGUAUUGAGGACUGGGCCCCAAAAAGAUUGGUUAUCACCAGUCUUUCUCUCAAGAGGCUCACCCUAAAAUGGUUGUGUGGAGACAGGCUAGUCGAAGUUUAUGCUCCAAAUUUACUUUCUUUCAAUUAUAAUGGCUUUACAAGACUACCUACCCUCAAGUUUCCAAUCAUUACUCCCAAGGAGAUUAAACUUUCACUCAGUCUAUGGGAUAGUAUUCCUUUUGAUACUUCAUUCUUCCUUAAGUUGAGGGAGGUACUUAGUAAUUUUUCAGAAAGCAAGUUUGACAUUCAUAUAGCAAUAUUUUAUCUCGGCUUUGAUGGAUUAUUACCCGUCUCAAUGAAAGAUGAUGUCGUCGACGAUCUUAGAAGGCAGGUCUCUGUUUCGGAUGCUAAUGUGCAACAUUUAAACCUGAGAACAUUUUUUUAUGAUUGCCCGUGGGAGGGCACUCGAUUCUUUGAUGCCUUAUUUUCCAUUUGCCACCCCGUUUAUGUUAAGGUAUUCAAUACAUUGAUCUCUCACCGAACAGUAAACGGGAUGAUGGAAAAUAACAUGGCUGAUCUAAAACAAGUCUUAACCAAAAACCCUGCUAGCGGAAGAUGGGAAGCUCUAACAAGUUCUCGAAAAACUUCAACAAGUUUGGGAUAUGAUGUUGAGUUUAAACUUGACUGGUAUUCUCAUGAUUAGAUACUGAGGUUCAUAAAACUUUUUUUUUUUUGAAGCAUUGUAUUCACAUACAGUGAUUUUAAUUCAUGUACUUGUUUUAUUCAUGUUAUCUUAUGUCGUGUUUAUUUCAGCCUAAUUAAUCUAAUUCUUGUAAAGGGGUCUUUUUCUUAUUUUAACUGCGGGCUUGUUUUUUUCUAUGUAUUGUUGAAGCCUUUUGUUUCCAUUAGGAAGUCGAUGUAUUACUUAAGAUUUCUGUCUUAGAGGCGUAUGCUAAUGCUUUAAAUCAUUGGCACUGAAAAAGGCUCUAAAUUUUUUUUACCAACAAAAGACUGUUCAGGGGUUCAUAAUUUGCAGGAUGGUUCAAGUCCCAAUCACACCUCCUUGAUCUUGCCUCCACUCUUGAGAUAGGAGGGUCAGGGACUAAAGUUUCAAGCUAGUGACCGUAAUGUUGCUAUUGGCACUUCAAGAUCCCUGAUGACAUAAGCAUUUGAAUUUGUAUGCGAGAGUCGCAUGCAAGAAACCCAACCCACCAAUAUGUUCACACAAUUAUAUCAUCAGUUCAGAGGGUGGCAUCAGCACCAUCUCCUAAUAUGAACCUGGGUGGCGGUCUCUGGCACCAUUAGGGACCCCAGAAGCGCAUAUUCUAGCUUGUUGUAUUUCAUGCAGCUACAGCGCUGUUUAAGUCGGGAGGUGAAUGGAGAGAAAGUAUUCUAAAAAUUAAUUUGGAGCGACUCGGAUGCCAUCAUGUGCUCUGCUCUAUUAGGGUCAGUUUUGUACAUCAGCCAUUUGGACAAUGACUCGAGCCAGUUGUACUCAAAAUAAUAUUUUUAAAAAGGCAUUGCCAGUUUUCCCUUUCUCGAACCAAGUUGGGUUAGAUAUGCUCGAGACGACGCCAGUUGCACUUCAAGACAUUAGUUUGGAAACAUUUCUUGAUGAUCAUGGAUGGAAAGGUCUUCUUACAGAAUUUGCACAGGGGUUUGAGUGCCUUGAAGGUGGAGUGUGUUGAUCAAGCAUUGGCAGACCGGUUGCUCUUGAGAGAGCAGUGGCAUGGAAGGUAUUGAACGAAGAAGAAAAACGCCCACUGUGUCUGCUUUGUGUUCAUCAACUGGUCGUUUGUUUAACGGAUAGUAAGUACUUUGGUUAAAGACCCUCUUAGCGCGCUGCUAUGUUGAUCAUCGAUGUUUUUCGAUGGAUUGUUGUGGUUUCUAGCUGUUUUGAACGUUGCAACUGCUAUUUUAUUCUUUUUACUUAAAUUUUGUGUU